GUAUUAAACGGAGAGAAAGUAGCCACACGAACAAGUCGGUUGACUCAUAAGGUAGCCAAGUUAAGGAAGGUGAAAUAACACCCCUAAUUUCCAUCGACAAACGGGAAAAUGGGUUUGUUUUCCAAGUCUCCCUCCAAAUCUCCCAAAGACCAGGUUAAUGAAUGGUGUAGCCGGAUUAGAAAAGAGGGAUAUGGACUUGACCGUCAGAUUCGAACAAUCCAGCGUGAGGAAGAAAAGGUGAAGCGCUCCUUAAGGGAAGCUGCUAAGAAGGGAGACAAGGAUGUAUGCAGGAUGCUGGCCAAGGAGCUGGUGCAGUCUCGUAAGGCUGUGGCCCGUAUCUACACUACCAAGGCCCAUCUUAAUUCAGUACAGUCACAGAUGAAAACUCAGUUGGCAACACUCCGUGUGGCUGGUUCACUCCAGCAGUCCACAGAGGUGAUGAAGACAAUGCAACAGUUGGUGAAGCUCCCUGACAUCAGCAGAACCAUGCAGGAAAUGAGUCGGGAGAUGAUGAAGGCAGGAAUCAUUGAGGAGAUGCUGGAGGACACAAUGGAGUCCAUGGAACCCGAGGAGUUGGAGGAAGAGGCACAGGAGGAAAUUGAUAAGGUCCUGUGGGAGAUAACAGCAGGUGAACUUGGCAAGGCCCCAGCGACAGUGAGCGAUGCACUGCCAUCAGAACCCACAGGAGCCGAAGCCCUUCCUCAGGACUCAGAAGAGGAGGCUGAGGAGGACAUGGAAGAGAUGAGGACCCGCCUUGAAGCUCUCCGCAGCUGAGUGCAAGGGCUGGAGGGAAACAAGUGGAACAAGUACAGAUUUUUUUUCUCUUUCUUUUUCUCCUUUUUUUUCCCACUAUUUGUUCAUGUAUUUAUAGAUGUGUUUUGGAGUUUUUUAAAUCUACAAGGUUAACAUAUAAACUACUGAUUAAGUGUAAAUGUAGAUGGAAUUAGUACUUCUGUUACAAAAUGAAAAAUAUAUUAUACAAACUUUAAAAGUCCAAAACUUUUUAAUAACUUAUGUUAAUUUAAUAUCAUAUAUCAUUGGCAAUACACACAUUUAGGUAAUGACUGGAAAUGGUACUAUAAUUAUUAUGACUUUCAUUACCAUAGAGUAUUUGAAUGGAAUGUUAGUUUUCAAAAGUGCAGCACAGAAAGAUUAGCUGACAGGGGAAUAGAUCAUCAGAUUUUAAUGAGCAUGGGUUUGUCUGUGUAUGUGAAUUUGUGUGUGUGUGGAAAAGUGGACUUUAACUUUUAAUUAUUCAGUCAAUAUAUAUUAUAGCCAUAUUAUUUUAUGCAUUUAUUUUUUCCCUGCCCUCUUCCAUUGUACUUAUCAUCACCCUCAUGAUCAUAAUCAGCAUUUUAGCAACUACAUUAACUGGGCUAAGUAACUUUUGUUCUUGUAUUUUUAUUUUUCCAUGUUGCAUGAUUUUUUUUUCCAUAAUUGUCAUUAUUAUUUUUUAUUCAAAAUGUUGCCUUUUCAAUAAAUUUCAGAUUAACUAAGAGUCAAGUAAUAUUGGACAAAGUACCAAAAUAAGAGCCAGUGCAAGAUGUUAGAUGGUGUCUUUACUGUUCAUUGGUGCUUAGUAACAAGGCCCAUGAUUAUAUGAUCAUUGUAUUAGCAUUCACAUUAUUGUUUGUUAUUAUGAUUUUUAUUUAUUUAUUAUCAUAGUCACUGUUAAUGGUCAUUAUCACAAAUGUUGUCAUAAUUAAUAAUGACAAUAAUUGUAAUUAAGAUAUUAAUUUAGUAAUAUGAUAAUUGUUACUUUUGCUUACCAUUACUAACAUGAUAAAUUUCAAACUGUUGUAUAAUGACAAGAACAAAUGGAAUGCUAUUAGAGAAUGCAGUUAUGUUUUUUUUUCCCAUAUGCUUUAACUAAAAGGCAACAUGAUCUGUAUUCAGUUCUUUGGGAGAGUUUGAAUAAAUGCUAAGAGAAAUUA